AUGCGUCUCCCUUACGUCCCCAACCCGCCCCAGACGGCCAACGAAGAAGAAGCCGCCGUCGUCUCCCGCAUCGCCGCCCGCCGGGCCCCGCGACCCCUCCAAGCCCUAGACCUGACCCUGCUGCACUCCCCGCCCGUGGCGGACGGGUGGAACUCCUUCCUCGGCGCCGUGCGCACCCGCACCACCAUCCCCGCCGACCUGCGCGAGCUCGCCAUCUCCCGCGUCGCCGUGAUCAACCGGGCCUGGUACGAGUGGAUGCACCACGCGCCGCUCGCCGUCGCCGCCGGCGUGAGCCAGGCGGCCAUGGACUGGCUGAAGACGCAGGCCGGCGACCUGGCCGGCCUGGAGGACGGGCCUAAGGUUUUCGACGAGAGGCAGUGGGCCGUCUUGCUCUUGACCGAUGAGAUGACGAGCAAGGUUCAUGUCGCGGACGAGACGUUCGCCAAGGUGAAGGCGCUGUUUAAUGAUAGGGAGGUGGUCGAGAUUGUGACGACGGUCGCAUGCUACAACUGCGUAAGCCGGUUCCUCGUUGCAUUGGACGUGGGAGAGAGGAAUGGUACCGACCCAGACGCACCAGGCGUGCAUUGA